CUUCGGCUUGUCCAUAAUCUGAUGAAAAGAGAAGUUACGUUAGGGUUUGCUGGUCGAUCAUCGUCUUCAUGAACUCUCCCACACCGAAUCAUAUUUCAACUGAUCACUGCGAUUGAGGAAAGGAAAACCAGUGAGAGAUGGCAACUGCAGCUCAGCCAUUUAGUGGCAAUUUGAAGAAAGCACUUGCUGGCCUGAGACGUAUCAAUUUGGAAGGUCUGCGGUGGAGAGUGUUUGAUGCAAAAGGCCAGGUCCUUGGGAGGUUAGCAUCGCAAAUUUCUACUGUGAUUCAAGGCAAGGAUAAGCCAACAUAUGCACCUAAUCGCGAUGACGGAGAUAUGUGCAUCGUGCUCAAUGCAAAGGAUAUAUGUGUCACAGGGAGAAAACUCACUGAUAAGUUUUAUCGCUGGCAUACUGGGUAUGUGGGCAACCUCAAAGAAAGGAGUUUGAAGGACCAGUUAGCCAAAGAUCCUACAGAAGUUAUUCGCAAAGCUGUCCUGCGCAUGCUUCCAAGAAACAAAUUGCGUGAUGAUAGAGAUCGGAAGUUGAGGAUAUUUGCUGACAGCGAACAUCCCUUUGGUGACAGGCCCAUUGAACCCUAUAUAAUGCCUCCUCGACAAGUAAGAGAAAUGCGCCCUCGUGCAAAACGAGCCAUGAUUCGAGCUGAGAAGAAGGCGGCUGAGCAACAACAGCAGGCUUCUUCUAAUACUAGAAAAGGCAAAAGGAAGCGUGAGGUUGAAGCAGAAGUCAGCUCAUGAAGAAUUAAGGGAGGUGCAUGCUUUAAAUAACCAAAGCUUGCUUAUUUUAUCCUGUUGCUCAAAAAGGUGAAAUUUCAUGGCAUUCUUAGUUGCGGCCGGGUCCUUGGAACUACUUUCCUUUAUGAAAAUUUUUAUUUAGAUUUGUCUUUUGGCAAGUGUAGUAGGGAAGGGCCAAUUGGUCUUAACUCUCCUUUUUGAAGCAGUCAAGUGAGGUAGAAUAAAGAUGUUUUAGCCAAGACUCUUUGUUUAAUAUCAUGCAUUUGAAGUUCAACCAAUAUGGCUAUGCCAUGGAUCUAGACUGCUGGGUUUUUUUUUUUUUUUUGGGUCCAUUGCUAAAACUAUUUGGAUUGAUGAACUUAUUGUUACUGAUUUAGCCAUCCUUGUGGAGAUGUGUAAUAAAUCGUAUCUGGAUUCGUAAGUCA